AUGGCUUACCCCCAACGCCCGCCGCCGCAGAGACAACCUCCUAUGAGGAACUAUGGUCAUCCUCCCCCAGGCCCGGCACCUGCUGACGGAUACUACGAUUAUGGAUAUGAUGACGGCUACCAAUAUGGUGAUGCUGGAUAUGAUUAUUAUGGCGGCGGCGGUGGUGGUGCUGAUUAUGCGACUCCUCGGUCGUAUGGGCCCCCUCGAGGAGCCCCGCGACCUCCUCGCGGACCACCUCCCAUGGAUCACGGAGGAUAUGGAUAUCCUCCGCGCGGGUAUGGAAGUAGUAGCAGCAGCUCCAGCAGUAGUAGGAGACCCCCCCCUCCAAGACGGGGUGGAAUGAGACCAGGUCCGCGUCGUCCGCCGCCAUCAGACAGAUCACCCUACGACAAUCCGUACCCUCACUUCCCUGGGAGAGAACGACCGCGUAAAGGCUCUGUACCGCCCCCCGUUGAACGAGGCAUGGCCGCAAUGAAUAUCAAUGGACCUCCACCCAGGGGAGUGCCCGAUCGACCGCACACGUCGAACGGAAGACGACUGGGUCCGCCGCCAGACUCCCCAGGCCGAGGAAGGGGUCCCUACCCUGGCCCUGCGAUGAGGUCUGCUAGCGCUGGACGCCCGGCGCCUACCCGGCCGUAUGACCGCUCCUAUACCGACGCCAAUGGCCCGCCGCCAAUGCCAAUGGCGCCUAUCAACCGAAGCGCAACGGCGCCUUUGGAAAUCGCUGGACCUAUGCACGGCGAACCCGCUGGGGAUAGCCACGACACGGACGAUUUGUUGGACAGCUACUAUGGAUCCGCACCUGAUGACCCGGACAUGCCCAACUUCGAUGCGAUGCCAGAUGCGAAGGGCGGGUCGGUCGAUGAGAGCCUGCCAGGACUCGAGGGACCGAAACUGACACCCAAGACCCCGACUGAGUCGAAACCACCCGGGCCAUACGCAGCGUUCACCCCGCACUCCGCUGGCUCGCACUCAGCACCCGUCUCCCCGGAUACUAACGCGCCGAACCAGUUCGCGAACGCUGGGUUCCAAUUUGAUCUUCCCAGCGAACCUCACCCUAUUUCCCCUGGGGGUGACAGGAGUGGUUACAGUCACAACAGCCCACCAGACGCUUACGGAGAAUCGGUUCCGGGCUAUCCUUUCCCGCACCGCCAGGAUAGCCACAGCAAUACCAUGCCAGGAUAUUCCGCUGGUGGUGGUGGCCCGCCACGCCCGUAUCGCAUGAACCAACCGGCCAUGGCGAACGAGAUGGAGGCUGUGGAUCCGCAGCAGAACCCUGACGCGCUGCCGCACCAUCCAGUUCCGUUCCGUCCGGGUCACGAUGGAGGCAAGCCGGCGCCGGUGCGACAGUAUGCCGGCGCUCCCAACGGCCCGACGUCACCUACUUCGGCACCCCCGCAGCAAGAUAUGGGUCCGUUUGCUAAGCCGGUCACUCGUCAGGAACUGGAGGAGUUGCAGUUGGCAGUGAAGAAGAAGUCGUCUGACCAGGCGACCCAUCUCUUGCUUGCGCAGAAGAUGGUGGAAGCGGCUACUGUACUUGUCGAUGAGGCGCAUCUGGACGCGAAAGGCAAGACCAAGGCGCGAGAGAAGUAUGUCAUGGAUGCAUACAAGAUCGUGAAGAAGCUGGUCUCGAGCGGAUAUGGCGACGCGCAAUUCUACCUUGCCGACUGCUACGGCCAAGGCCAGCUUGGUCUCGAAGUCGACAACAAAGAAGCAUACAACCUAUACCACUCCGCUGCCAAAUCAGGCCACGCCCAGGCCGCUUACCGUGUAGCCGUAUGCUGCGAAAUUGGCCACGAAGAAGGCGGCGGCACAAAACGCGACCCCUUCAAAGCCGUCCAGUGGUACAAACGUGCCGCCUCCCUAGGCGACCCCCCCGCCAUGUACAAAAUGGGCAUGAUCAUGUUGAAAGGCCUGCUAGGCCAGACCAAGAACCCGCGCGAAGGAGUAACCUGGCUCAAGCGCGCUGCCGAAAAAGCAGAUGUAGAAAACCCGCACGCCCUCCACGAACUCGCCCUCAUGUACGCCAACGCCAGUUCCAACGACAUCGUCGUCCGUGACGAGGAAUACGCCAAACAGCUCUUCUGCCAGGCCGGUGAGUUGGGGUACAAGUUCUCGCAGUUCCGGCUUGCUGCGGCUUACGAGUACGGGCUUAUGGGAUGUCCUGUCGAUCCGAGACAGAGUAUCAUCUGGUACACGCAUGCUGCGGCGCAGGGCGAGCAUCAGAGUGAGCUUGCGUUGAGUGGAUGGUACUUGACUGGUUCGGAGGGCAUUCUGCAGCAGAGUGAUACGGAGGCGUAUCUCUGGGCUAGGAAAGCUGCUACUGCUGGCUUGGCGAAGGCGGAGUAUGCUAUGGGAUACUUUACGGAGGUUGGCAUUGGUGUUACGGCUAAUUUGGAUGAUGCUAAGCGAUGGUAUUGGCGGGCUGCUGCCCAAGGAUUCCCGAAAGCCCGGGAACGCCUCGAAGAACUCAAGAAGGGCGGCAGCCGGAUGCAGAAGACGCGUCUUUCUCGGUCUGCUGUUAACCGACAAAAUCCAAACGAAGGGGACUGUGUUGUGAUGUGA